AUGGCUGGAAGUGAGGAAGGACCUCUGAAGGUGCCCUGUCCAAUUGGUCAUGCCGUCCUGGCUGGCCUGGCGGUGGCCCCGAUUUUCCUGCCGGUGCCGGUGAACUUCAACAUCGUGGCCACUGCCGCGGCCACCGUUUACGUCGGCAGCAGGCGAUCCGUCAAGGACAGCCCGCCACAGGACUCCAUGACAAAGAGGGAUGCAGCCAAGUUUCCCCUGAUAGGCUCAGUCGUCCUCUUCAGUCUCUUCCUGGCAUUCAAGUACCUCCCAAAGGACUGGGUGAAUGCCGUGUUAGCAGGCAAGUUGGAGGUAUUCCCUGUGAUCAGCAAAACGGGAUGCUGGGGCGCUGAACCUGCAUACUUUGUGCUGCUGGGACUGCUGGCCCUCACAGCCACUGCGGACCCGCUCGUGGCACCCUUCCUUCCACGCAAGCUGUCUGAGACCCAGUUUCACUUCACCGUCAUGAAAAUUCCGGUCCUGCUCAAGGAGGGUCUAGAGUUCUCGUUCAGCCCCCUGGAAAUCGUCCUGUCGGCCGCCGCCGCCCUGUUCUCCGCCUGGUACCUGAAACAGCGCCACUGGUUUGCCAGCAAUGUUCUGGGCCUGGCCUUCUCGCUUCAGGGUAUCGAGCACUUGUCCCUGGGGUCUGUGGCCGUCGGGGUCAUCCUCCUGGCAGGUCUCUUCUUCUACGACAUCUUCUGGGUGUUCUUCACCCCAGUAAUGGUCUCGGUGGCCAAGAAUUUUGAUGCGCCCAUCAAACUCCUCUUCCCUCGAUUCCUUCAAGAUGCCGAGGGCAAGGAGCAGUUCUCCAUGCUCGGACUGGGAGACAUCGUCAUCCCUGGGAUAUUCGUGGCCAUCGUCCUUCGCUACGACAUCGCCCAUGGCCGCCAGACGCGGUUUUUCAGGAGCUCCUUCCUGGGAUAUGUGGUGGGCUUGACGGCCACCAUCAUGGUCAUGAAUGCCUUCAAGGCAGCCCAGCCUGCCCUGCUGUACAUCGUCCCCUCCGUGUUCCUCUUCACGCUCGCUGCAGCAGCUCUGAAGGGCAAGGGCAGUGGACGGAUGUAUCUCCUUCUCACCCUCCUGCAAUGGGCUGCAAGGUACCUGCCGCUGCCUGGCACGCUCUUUGAUUGA